UAAGUCCUUAAUACUUUUUUGUUUCUGACGUCUGUUUCUUUGUCCUGUAGAUCUUCAUCAGCCACCGAAAAAAUUUCGUCAAUCCUUCUUCCCAGGAACAGAUCUAAAAACACUCCUCAACCUCCCAAUCCACAAACGAAAGGCCCCACUGUUACUAAACUUCAUCCCUACAUACAAAUCCACUUUACCCGACGUCCCAAGAAAAAGAAAGAAGAGUCUUUCUCCACCCACAGCCACGACCCUAACUGCUUCCACAUCCCGAACAGAUCAAGAGUCCACAUCUGACCCAGCUGAUCUUCCAUCAACCUCGGCCCCCUACUUAAUACCAAUUCCUGACCGUAAACGUCGACGAAGGCUUGUAAAGACUGCCGAGAUGGUUCGUCCAAGGCCUGUCGUUCAAGACCUUCUCGCCGAUCUUCCAACUGACGCCGAAGCCGUACUAACGCAAUCAAUGCUCCCACCCAAACCAAAGAGAGUUAAAAAGGCUCAACCUAAGGCCAGGGCUACAGAUGCCGAGGCUGAGGAUGCUCCGCCGAUUUCUAAACUAGCAGAAAGCAAAAAAUCAGCCUCUACUUCAACCAAGAGGUCUGCUGAGGGCCAACCCUCAGGGUCUACACAAUCGAAGAAGGCGAGGUCAUCGUCCGCGACGACCUCGGCUUCAAAGAAGCCCGAUGUCCCCUGGGCCCCUGAUCUAUCCCUGGAGGAUAGGCCCAUUAUGGCUAGUGAAAGUGCUGACGACAUUAACGUUGGUGUCGCCCUCAGCACUGCUCUUCUCCUUCCGAAUGACUUGGAACGAAAUGCUAAGCUUAGUGAGUAUGAGAAUUACGCUCUCAUGCUCCAACACUCCGUCCAAGCCAUUCAGCAUGCCCACUCAUUUUCCAUUCAAUCCUUUGAAAAUCGUCAAAGGUUGGUUGAUAUAAAAAGGGAAGCAUCUUCUAUGAAGAGAGAGAUCAAGUCUCUUGAAGCAAAAAUGAAAAAACUGGAGGAUCAAGCCGAGGCUACAACUAAAGUUCAAACUUUAGCUCUUGAGAAGGCCGAAGCUGCUGAGGCCGUUAGAAAAGUUGCUGAGGCCGAGAAAAGAGAGGCCGAGACAAUAAAAGAGUGGGAGCUCACUGCAAUUAAUGUUAAUUGUACAAGUUCAACCGAUACAAAACGGUCUGCAAACGAUUUUCCCAACAACCAAGCAACCACCAACCCUACGAGACCGAAAGAUUCAAAUGGAUUUAUUGGUUGGAGUGUUUUGGUCUUUGGAUUCGAUACUAACAAACUGAAAAUGAAAUCUCUUCAAAGCAGAGACUUUCCUAAGAUUUGA